CUACUCCCUCUCUCCGCAGGUGGGGGCAGCGGAAGGGGAGGGCAAGACAGAGAGAGCAAGAGGAAGAAGACACUGCAACCUACUUGAAUAAUUGAUAGCGCGAGGAGGGGGGAGCGUAUGCGGGAGCAGCUGGACUCCCUGUGUCUCCAUCCGCUCAUCAGCCGGGGAUGAGAGAGCUUAGCUCAGGUUCAGCUGCUACUUUACCCACUGGCAGAAAAUUCUGGGAACCCCUGAAAUGCUUCAGCCAAUCAUCAGGUCCCUCUCUUGCUCCCACCUGAGAUUCCCCUUCCUGGAGGUCCUCAUCUCAACAGCCUGGCAGGAGAGGAUGUGCGGAGAGAGCUGAGCUUUCCAAGCCAUGGAGAAGGAACAGUACCCACGUCUCACAUUAACUUCUGCUCUCUCCCUGCAUCCUGUUUCUCAGUCUCUCAAUCUCUCUCUGCCACUUUCAAUCUCUGCUGCUCACAGUGUGUCCUGCAGUGUCUCCCUGGGAGCUUCCUGCCCUCAUGUGGCUCAUGCUCGGUCCUAGCUGUGAGCAGCUCUUUCCUUUCUCUCAUUUGAAGUGUGUCUCGGGAAAGAGAAGUAGGUGGGGGUUGGGACUUGGGGGGGCAAAGGAGGAAGCCUGUGCCCUCUAGAGAUGGGGAGGUGAGUCUGUGCCCAGCUGCAUGCCGAGACGGGAGGAGAGGAAGCUGGCAAGCAGGAGAGCCAGGAAUCCACCUUUAGCAGAGAGAAGAGUAGAGAAUGUUUUCUCGGAAGCGCAGUUUCACCUUCGGAGCCUAUGGAGGGAGAUCUGAUGAAGUGGGGCGCUGCAUUAGUGACAUUCUAGAUUCUCCUGUCCAGGACCCCCAGACUGCACUUACCCCUGCUGUUCACAACAAGACUGUGGAUUUGUUUGAAAUGAUUGAAAAAAUGCAGGGUAGUCGUCUGGAUGAGCAAAGAUGUUCUCUCCCAACUCCGCUCAAGAGAGAAGAGGAGUAUAUCCCAUACCCCAGCAUCCAUGAGGUGUUACGGAAAGGGUGGCCAUACCCCCUCAUUAUCCUACCCCAGUUCGGGGGCUACUGGAUUGAAGGAACCUGCCACAGCCUCCCCAGCUCGACCUCGGCUCUGCCUGACCUGCCUUCCCCCUGCAGCAGUAAAGUGAAGCUAGAAGGCGACCCCACGGCCAAGCUGUACCGCAAGCACUUCUUGGGGAAGGAGCAUCAGAACUUUUACUCCAAUGACACAACCUUGGGCUACCUGAUCCUUUCUGUGAAGUAUGAGCAGAUUGAGAGGCAGGACAACUUGCACCUGCUGCUGAGGACUCGAACCGGUACCAAGCACGACCUGAUCCCCAUUUCCUGCCUGAAUGAGUUCCCCAAUGCAGUCCAGAUGGCAAAGCUGCUGUGUGAAGAUGUGAAUGUUGACCGAUUCUUCCCUGUCCUCUACCCCAAGGCUUCCCAGCUCAUUGUUGCCUUUGAUGAACACGUCAUAAGCAAUAACUUCAAAUUUGGGGUCAUCUACCAGAAAGCUGGGCAGACCACAGAGGAAGAAGUCUUCAGUAACACUGAAGAGAGUCUGGGCUUCCUGGAGUUCCUGGAGUUCCUUGGAGACAGGAUCCAGCUGCAGGAUUUCCGUGGGUUCCGAGGAGGCUUGGAUGUCACAAGGGGUCAAACUGGCACUGAAUCAGUCUAUACCAAUUUCCGGGGCAAGGAGAUCAUGUUCCAUGUAUCUACGAAGCUGCCAUUCACAGAGGGAGAUGCCCAGCAGCUGCAGCGGAAGCGUCACAUUGGGAACGACAUUGUGGCCAUUGUCUUCCAGGAUGAAAACACUCCCUUUGUCCCUGACAUGAUAGCAUCUAAUUUCCUGCAUGCCUAUGUGGUGGUACAGCUUGCUCAUGGUUCCAUUGGGGAGACUCUCUACAAGGUUUCAGUAACAGCUCGAGAUGACGUUCCCUUCUUUGGACCCCCUCUCCCAAAUCCAGCCAUAUUUAAAGAGGGUUCAGAGUUUCGUGAAUUCCUCUUGGCUAAACUAAUCAAUGCUGAGUACAGCUGCUAUCGGGCUGAAAAGUUUGCCAAACUAGAGGAGCGAACUCGCAGUGCCCUCCUGGAGAGCCUUUUUGAGGAGUUGCAGCUCCGUAGCCGCAGCAUGAUGGGCCUGGCCUCUGGGGACGAUGAGAAGAUGGAGAAUGGGGGUGGUGGCUUCUUUGAAAAUUUCAAGCGGGUGAUCCGAGGCCGCAGCCAGAGCCUGGAUACCAUGGGGAUAGCCAUGAGGAAACAGCAGCAGCCGGCAACCCCACCCAGCUGCCCAGCUACUGCCGGCCUUGCUCUCAACCAGAGUGUCGCCGAGGGCACCAAGGCUAUUGCUGCGUCCUUUGCCCUGCCUGGGAGGAGCCCAUCACGCACCCGAGGCAGCCACUUCCACGGGCGUCGCAGCAGUGCCAUUGGCAUUGAGAACAUCCAGGAGGAGAAGAGGGAUGUUGCUGACAGGAUCCAGAAGGUGCUGGAGAGUCCAGGACCCUUUUUUGACCUGAAGUCUGAUGGCUCCUCCAGUCCCAGUUCCCCAGAGUUCCCAAACAGGAAGAGCAAAACCCUCUCCAAUCAAACAUCGGGAUAUUGUGUGAUGCAGCCACUCUCACGCUCCUCAUCCAAUGUGAGUAGCUGCUGUAGUGGAGUGAGGGAAAAUGAAACAUCUGAGGAAGAGGAGAAUGAGACGGAGUUGAUAUGCUCUCUUGAGGGCCCUCAGAAGCGGGAUUCCCUGGUUCAGAGUGUGUGGCUGGAUGACAGUGUGGGCACACCCAGUAGUGCUAGCUCACCAGGUCCAGAUAACUUUCAUCCAAGAGUUUUAAAAGAGCUGGCCGAGGAGCUUGCUGGACUGUUAAUGUUUAUUUUCAAUACGUCUUGGAAUACUGGGGAAGUUCCAGAAGACUGGAAGAACACUUAACAUUGUGUCAUUAUUUAAAAAGGUUAAACGGGAUGACUUCGGUGAUUAUAGGUCUGUCAGUCUGACAGUGAUCCUAGACAAGAUAAUGGCGUGGCUGAUAGAGGCCUCAUAAAGAAUUA